AUGUUGAGUGUUCAGAAACGAAUUUCUGGUGCCUUUAGCUUUAGUGGUAGAGCUGCUCGCUUUUUUUCUAUUUCGGCUGUCUCGAAUUCUACGAAAGUUGCCGUACUGGGUGCUUCUGGUGGUAUCGGUCAGCCUCUUUCUCUACUGCUCAAGCUCAACGAACACAUUGACACAUUAUCGCUAUACGAUAUUAUUAAUACACCCGGUGUCGCUGCUGAUUUGAGUCAUAUUAACACAAAGAGUAAAGUCACCGGCUACAUCCCUGACAACGAUGGUUUAAAACAUGCAGUCACUGGCGCCGAUGUUAUAGUCAUUCCGGCUGGUGUCCCUCGGAAACCCGGCAUGACACGUGAUGACUUGUUUAACGUAUGUGUUUAUGUUGAUGAGACAAAUGCUGGAAUUGUUAAAGAUUUGGCGGAGGCUACGGCAAAAUAUGCACCGAAAGCAUUACUAGCAAUCAUAUCAAAUCCCGUAAAUUCGACUCUUCCAAUUUUCUCGGAAACAUUCAAAAAAUAUAAUGUGUAUGAUCCAAAUCGCAUUUUCGGUGUGACAACUCUUGAUGUAGUCCGAGCGUCUCAAUUCAUCUCUGAACUCAAAAACACAGAUCCUAAAAACGAAAAAAUUACCGUGGUUGGUGGUCACUCUGGUGUAACCAUUGUCCCAUUACUCUCUCAAAUUGGCCACACGUUCACCGAGGAAGAAUACAAGAUCUUGACUCACCGAAUUCAGAAUGGCGGUGAUGAGGUCGUUAAGGCUAAGGCUGGCGCAGGAUCAGCAACCCUAUCAAUGGCCUACGCUGCCUCACACUUUACAAACGCUCUACUUCGUGCCCUUCAUGGUGAAAAAGGCGUAAUCGAACCAACUUAUGUGAAGUCCGAUCUUUUCACACCGGACGGUAUCGAUUAUUUCGCAUCAAAUGUCGAAUUAGGGCCAAAUGGCAUCGAAAAAAUAUUCCCUCUUGGAAAACUUUCAGAUUUUGAAAGAGAGUUGAUUAAUGCUGCGUUACCGCAAUUGAAAAAGAAUAUUGAAAAGGGAGUGAAGUUUGUUGUUGGAUGA